UCCAUUCCCCCAAAUAAUCAAAUCCCCAAACAGAGAGAAACAGAAAAUCCAUCUUCCUGCAAGUGAAUCGAGCAAUCGCGAAAUGGCAAGCUCUCUGCAACGGCUGGCUGGUAAUUCAGGCAAGGCUUAUCGAUCGGCUUUGUCCUCAUUUCCGAGAGCUUUCUCCACCGGAGAUUCGUUGGUGGAAAUCAAAGCCGGCGAGAUCGGUAUGGUCUCCGGUAUCCCCCAAGAGCACCUCCGCCGGAAGGUUCUGAUUGUGUCACCUGCUCGAACUGCUACUCAACAAGGAUCCGGAAAGGUUGGGGGAUGGAAAAUUAAUUUCAUGUCCACACAGAAAUGGGAAAAUCCAUUGAUGGGUUGGACUUCCACUGGAGACCCAUAUGCAAAUGUCGGUGAUUCUGCACUAAGCUUCGACAGCCAAGAAUCUGCGGUAUCAUUUGCUGAGAGACAUGGUUGGGAGUACACGGUCAAGAAGCACCAGACUCCCUUAUUAAAGGUGAAGACAUAUGCUGAUAACUUCAAAUGGAAGGGUCCUCCGAAGACAGAGGAGAACUAAUUUUAACUUCCCAAAUGUCUUUCCUUCUCGAGCUGCCAUAAGAUUCGGUACUAAAUGUGUUGAGCAAACUGAGAUUCUUGAAUUAAUAAAUCAUAUAAACCUUCCCGUGACAUCUCGUGUUUCUUUAACUUGAAUAGAUUGUUUUAUUCUCGUCGCAUUUUGUUUCAUCAUGUGUGUUAAUUUGUAUAACAACAUAUGUGGGGUUCUUCGUUGAUUUCCCGACUAGAAAUAAUUGUUAAUCUCUUUGGCUA